CUACAGCGCAACGAGGGGCGGUGUUGUGACGUCACGUCACCGGCUGCGGAGUGCGGUCACCGUAGCGAGACCGACAGCGCCGAACCCUGGGGAGAGAAGGGCGGUUGCUGUGGUGACGUAACCAAGUGAUGGAGCAGGAGCCGACUCGCGAGACCCCCGACCUGCUGUCGGCCGCGCACGCGCAAUUCCGGGAGCAGCGAUUUGGUGCUGCCGAGGAGCUGUACAGCCGCUUCAUCGCGCAGUGCGAAUGCUCCUCUGCCGGCCCCGCCCCCGCCAGGAAAUGCCUCACCUGUGAUCUCGCCACUGCAUUCAACAACAGGGGACAAAUUAAGUACAUGCGAGUUGACUUUUAUGAAGCAAUGGAUGACUACACAUCAGCCAUACAAACCCAACCUGAUUUUGAAGUCCCAUAUUAUAACAGAGGAUUAAUACUGUACAGGCUAGGAUACUAUGAUGAGGCUUUGAAAGAUUUCAAGAAAGUUUUAGCAUUAAACCCUGAGUUUGAAGAUGCUUCCUUGAGUCUAAAACAGACUAUUCUUGACAAAGAAGAAAAACAGAGGAGGACAUAUUAAAAAGCCCACUAGCUCCAUAAAAAUGUUUUCUUGAACACUUAGUUGACUUGAGAUUUUAGUCUUUGAUGAAUAAAACACAAGUUUGUUUACAUUUAACUUAUCUUGCUCUGGGGAAAAGAAAUUUUCUUAGUUUUAGAUAAAUAAUCAAAGUAGGUAUGUACUAUAAUUGCCAAGUAAACUAUAGUUUUUGAGCAGCUCUGUAAUUGCAGUGUUGAACAAAAGCACAAUGUUAAACCUGUCUAUGAUGCUAGUCAUUCUGUGUUGAAAUAUUUUAUAAUAUAUACAAAGCUGGUGGAAGUUCAGUAACUACUACUAAAGUCUGAUUGUUAAAGAAAUGUUUAUAUGUACUCUUGCACAGAUUUAUUUAAUAAGUCUUUAGUGGAGGAAAUAGACAAAUUAUAGCAAGUUUCAAUACUUGAAAUUAGGUGUUUAGUUGAAAUAAUUUCAUUAACAUUGUUAAAACGGUUUUACAGUAUGUUAGUUAGUUGGAAUAUAACAUCUGCCUAUUGAUUUCCAAUAUGUCCAUCACAAAGAUAGUGGGCUAUGGAGGGAGUUAAGAUAAAGUUUAUAUUUUAUUGUAAAUAUUGAGUGGAUACUAAAUAGAUAUAUUGUUUUGAUUUCUGUAUUAUCUGCAGAAAACCACAACGAUUGUAAUUGUUUGAGUUGUUGUUCAUAGCAAUUUUCCUUUUGGCUUUUUUUUCUGUUUUAUUGAAGAAAUACAAUGAAUUUAUUACAUAAAACCCAGUGUGAUCUAACUAGCCAGAAGGAUAAGUGCAAGCUGGUUCAUCUUUUAUUUCAGAUUAGACUAGAGAAGCAGCAGCUCAAGUCAAGAACACUGGGUCUAUUAUGCCAUUGUGUUGUGCACAGGAAUAAAGUUCUGUUUUUUUUAAAAAAAGUUUUUAAUUGCAAGCAUGGCAUCAACUUUAAAUGUAUUCUGAAUAAAUAAGACCACUUUAAAGUUC